AUGGCUGCGAUGUUGGUUACUGUGACUCUCCUCCUGUGUGUCCUGGGAGGACAAGCAGUGGACCUACUGAGAGCAACUGUAACAUCAGGAGUUCCUCCCCCCGUUCCCAGAGUGCAUUGCUGGUGCUCGAGCUUUCCAAAUGUGACUCUUUGCUCCUGGCCUGAACCGUCCCACCUCCCACAGACACACUACAUUGCCACCUACAGUGAGAGACACGAGCCGCCAAUCACCAACAAUUGUCAUCUCAUCCCACCCUCUCAUGAUUCAUCAUCAUCCUCAUCCUCUGAACAGCUGUGGCACUGUGAGCUGCCCAACCUGAAGCUUCUCACCGACUACAUCAUCAACGUCACGGCUGUUAAUUCUGGUGGAAGCAGCUCCUACCUCUCAAGUUUUAUGUUGGAGGACAUUGUGAAACCAGAUCCUCCCGUAGACGUCCAGGUUUCCUCUGACAGCACCAGUAACCUGCUGGUGAAGUGGUCUCCUCCGUCCAACUGGACCAACCUGCACAUCUUCCCCCUAAAAUACCAAAUAAUGUACCAGCAGGAGAACAGGGGCACCGUCUCGUCUGUCAAGUUGGGUCCGUUUGAACGCACCGAGGUGGAACUGAAGGGGCUGACACCGGGGAGGGUGUACGGGUUCCAGGUGUGCGCCAAGGAGCUGCUGGAUCUGGGCAAGUGCAGCAACUGGAGUUCACCUGUAAAUAUCACUUUACAGAGGACAAAGCCUUAGACGCUCCCUGUCUCUCACACCCUGCUUUAUUUAUUUCUGACCUCCUAAGUUACCAGUGAUCAUCGUUUGACUGCACGUACAAUUCAAGCAAA